ACAGAGUUUUGGGAUAAAAUGCAAGCAGAAUGGGAAGAAAUGGCUCGCAGAAACUGGAUUUCAGAGAACCAGGAAACACCAGGGCAAGUCACGAUCUCAACCAUUGAGAAGGGUUAUUAUUUCCAUACCGAGAAUCCCUUCAAAGACUGGCCUGGUGCUUUUGAGGAAGGACUGAAAAAAAUGAAAGAAGGUGACCUGCCAGUUACAAUCUUAUACCUGGAGGCUGCUAUUCUACAAGAACCCAAUGAUGCAGAGGCCUGGCAGUUCCUGGGCAUAACACAGGCAGAGAAUGAAAAUGAGCAGGCAGCCAUUGUCGCCCUCCAAAGGUGCUUGGAACUACAGCCAAACAACCUAAAAGCUCUAAUGGCCCUGGCUGUAAGUUAUACUAACACUGGCCAUCAACAAGAAGCCUAUCAAGCCCUAAGAAACUGGAUAAAGCAAAAUCCAAAAUACAAGUAUAUAGCAAAAAGCAAAAAAGGGUCCCCAGCACUUACCAGGAGAAUGUCCAAGACAUCAGAUGAAAGCUCAUUACUUGAAGAAGUAAAGGAUUUGUACCUGGAGGCUGCUCACCAGAAUGGUGAUAUGAUAGACCCUGACUUGCAGACAGGACUUGGAGUUCUUUUCCACCUGAAUGGAGAAUUUAACAGAGCAAUAGAUGCAUUUAGUGCUGCUUUAACUGUUCGGCCAGAGGACUAUACCUUAUGGAACCGUCUUGGAGCAACCUUGGCAAAUGGGGAUCGAAGUGAAGAAGCUGUCGAGGCCUACACACGUGCUUUAGAAAUACAACCUGGCUUCAUUAGGUCCAGAUACAAUUUAGGGAUAAGCUGUAUAAACCUAGGGGCAUACAGAGAGGCUGUCAGCAAUUUUCUCACUGCUCUCAGUUUGCAAAGAAAGAGCAGGAAUCAACAACAGGUUCCCCAUCCUGCCCUAUCAGGCAAUAUUUGGGCAGCGCUUCGAAUUGCUCUGUCUAUGAUGGACCAGCCAGAACUAUUUCAAGCUGCCAAUGUGGGUGAUCUAGACAUUCUGUUAAGAGCUUUUAAUCUAGAGCCGUAAUAAAAA